AUAUACCUUCAUUAUACACAGCUGCGCCCGCGAGGCUCGGGUAAUAUACGCAUAUAAACUUGCCUUUCUCUGUGCUGGUGCGGCCGUCUCUAUAAGUACAAGUAUCGGCCUGUGGCUCUCUUUCAUAUAAAAACGUUGUUGUUUACUUCCUCUCUAUCUCUCUCUCGCGAGCCUCGCUGCCCGAUGUGGUAUGCCCCUGGCUCGAGGCAGUGGGUUAAAAGUUAACCGAGCACCGAUCGCCUCAUGAGAUACUUCGUUUCCCUUGUACCUGCAGUGAUUGAUCCGCAUAGCCCUCGUCCUUUUUUUUUUUUGGACCUUCAUUCGGUUGUUAUAUAUGUGUGCAAAGUGAGGAGCAGGAUCGGUUUUUCAAGUGCUUCGGUUCGUUCGAGUAAAGUUUUCCAAAGAAGACGGGAAGAGGACGUGUCGGAGAACACGAAGGUCGGGAAGCGAGGCUAAAGCGCUUGUAACACACACGCCAAAAAAAACCAAAAAAACAAAGCAAAGGAAAGAAGGAUGGAUCUUUACGGAAUAGCGUGACUCAAGAGCGGCACAUAUUAUAUACAUAUAAUACACCGCAGCCGAGGCUACUCACCCCGAUGGAGGUGAUCUCGACGCGUCGAUACGAGGCUCGGCCUCAGGCCGAUUCUCAUGCUUCCAUUCUAGUCGAUCCGGCCGACGCCGUGGCUACGGUGAAAGAAGAGGAAUGGGAGACGCGGAAGAAAAAAGAGAUAACGACGACGCGGCAGAUCGAGACGCGGGUCAAGCGGCAAGUGGUGCUCGAGGACGGCGAGGUGGUCGUCGACUCGGGACCCCUGGUUACGACCAACACCACCGAGGACGUUGAGCAGCAGGAGCACACGACCCAAGAGAGACGGACGACCGGUGACGAGCCGCAAAAGGUCGACUGGUCGGCCGGCGCCGCGGCUGGGUCUCUCGUGCAGAAGGAGCUCAACGAGACGAUCGUCAAGAGCCGCGAGGAGAUAGAGGAGCUGCUCGAGACCGAGGAUCGCCAACAACUCGGCGACAUAUCGGACGAGGUGAGCGCCUCACGCUUCGGCUCGGACGCGAUCCCGACGACACCCUCGACGGCAGCAGCCGCGGCAGCGGCAGCAGCUCAGUCGCGCAAGGACGCCCUGACGCGAAAGCCCCUCGAUCUGGAAGAGGAGGACGAGGCUCGCAAGUUCGAGACGUCCAAGUGGCUGGAGAGCCACUUUGGGAGCGAGUCGCGAUCGUCCCACGGUUCCCUCGACGACGAGCCCCUCGCGGCAACCACGAGCACGACGACCAAGCACAACGGCACGACCACCACGAGCAGCUACAUCAACGUCACGAUGAAGUCCUCGUGCGGGCCUCGGGAGCCCCACCAGACUUACGGCAACACCAGGCAAACGCGCAACAACACCACCACCAGUAGCAAGAGGGAAUCGAGCUCGCCCAGCGGUUACUUUCAGGGCAUCAGCGAGUGGUCCGAAAGAUACCAGUCCACCACCGUGGAAAAGCAAAACACCCAACACCACGUGAGUAGGGCGAGGUCGCCGAUGCAGCAGCAAUACGUCGCGGAGAGCACAAGCCGAAACAACGAGAACAUUAUAAGUAGUAGCCGGCUGAACGGGCACCACUCGCCGAUCGAGAGGAACAACAGCAAGGAGACGUCCUCGUACUCGCGCAGCUACGAGGCAACGAAGCACCGACACCACGAGCGCUACUCGCCGUCGCACGAGCGCUCGAGGAACGAGCCGCCCUCGCCACCGGUGCGCCGGAAGCCGGCUGGUAGUGGCCGCGUGGAGCGGGAGCUGCAGUCGAAAACCGAGCGCAGCUCGUACCUGAACCAUCACCAGCAGACGGACAGUGGUAGCCACCAGCCCGUUGCCGAGCGCACCUCGAGUCCGGUGCACGUGAUCACGCGCACUUGGGAGAACCGCAACAGGGACGCCCAGCAGCAGCACGAGGAGCGACGCAGCCGCAACAACGAGCGGGUUACGGAGUCGCGCCACCAUUACCACCACGAGUCGAGCUCGGCGUCCCGCGGUAGGCACCGUAGCCCCGAGAGAACAAGGCACAGGCCACAGAGUCCCGUCUCGAGGUCCGUUUCCCCGUCGCCGGUGCGCAGGGACAAACGGGACGAGCACCACUCGCGCCCGUCCAAGUCGCCCAGCCCAUCCAAGUACAAUAUCGGCGAGUCCUUCAAGAAGCUGGUGCGCAAGUUGCGCUCGGCCAGCUCGGAGCGCCGGGGCGCCAGGCGACCGGCCGGCAGUUCGACCUCCCAACUCACUCAAACGGACCACGAGGGCUCCUCGACCUACCUGCAGUACAACACGGUCGACCGGAACGUGCCCCUGGGGCCCGACUACGACAACAAUCAGGAGGACAAUUGGCCGCCCGAGAGACCGCCCCGGUCGCCGCGCAACGUCACGACGAGCGUCAGCAUCAACGUGAACUCGACGCCUGCGCUACCGGUGGCAGCCAAGCCCUUGGCUACCUCCAUAGGUCACAGGGACCACAACGGCAACAGCAAGUACAGGCUGCAGGGACGGUCCGGUAGUCCGUCGAGGCUUCACGAGCAGAUGUUCAAGGAGACGACGACGACGACAACGAACAAGACUCACGAGAGCCAGCCGAUACACCGCUACUACCUGGGCGAGGAUCCCUACGGUGGGAGUAUCUACGGCAAGGAGAAGGGCUACAGGGAGACAACGGCCAAGCUUCGCUCGAGCAGCCGGCACCGGGCCAGGCCCAUCGAGGAGGAGUACAGUCCGGAACCGGGCUCGCUCGGUCGUUUCAGUAAAUCGACGAGCCGGCUCGUCUCUCACGAGUACAGCAACGAGCUGCACCACAGCGAGCCGAAGCGCCACACGAGCGCCCAGACGCUGCCCAGAAAGAUCCCCAGUCCAACCCAGCACCGCAACAACGGCUCGAGCCAAACCAGCACUGGGACGCGGCGGCACCUCCAUCAGACCAACGGUCACUCCGUGUCCAGAUACACCAACGGCUUUGGGAACGACAACAGCGCCACCAGCAUCACCAGAGACGCCAACAGCGGCAAUCAGUACGGCAGCAUGAUCAACAUAUCGUUCAAGAACACCGUCACCUCGACCCCCAAGACGACGCACUACGUACAAACUACGACGCCGAUCAACAACAACAACAAUCACAGCUCGUCGCCACCGAAGCCCGAGCGCACGUACAAGUCCACUCUGUCGCGCAGCAAGAGCUUCAAUGUUGAGAUAGCCGACGAUGGCGUCGUCACGACACCCGUGAGGACCAAUGGUUACAACGGCAGCAACGUGCGCUCUGUCUCGCACAUCAACAAACUCGACGAGGCGCCGCCGCUCAAGAGCCCGGGCAUACUGGCCAGCAUCAGUCGCAGCAACAGGGACCUCAUGGCGACGCGCAACACCAGACUGCACGACUACUAACCACCAAAUUGCUGCUGUGCAGUGCCGAACCGUUUUGGGUUCUUUGUGUCGUGUUGCAGUUUUGUUUUCAGUAUAACACCUCCAGGGAGUAUUUCAUGAAUUUUGAGAAGAAGAAAAAAAAAAAAAACACUCUGUAGCUGCACGUUGGGUGAGAUGGAAGGAAAUUUUUACCGAGGACUAGAGCUAGUUUUUUUUUUUUUUUUUUUCCAUACAAUGCCUUAACGCUACGAAAAUGAAGGGGGAACAUUCUUAACUUUUAACACAGCAGGGAUAUGAUUGAACAACCGAAAAGCGGAAUGAUAAAGGGCUUGCGAGAAAUGUGAGCUUUUUGUCCUUCUUUACUCUUUAUUUAUUUAAAUUAUUUCAAAGUACGAGUAUUUUUACAAUUAGUGAAAGACAUAAAAUGCAACAAUCGAGACACGUAAUGAAAUAUCACAAACAGGUAUACACGUACAUGUACUUGCUAAAUUGUAUUAGGCUUCUUUUGUAAUUUAAGAGAAAAAUAUAAUCAAACUUUAAUAUCGUUAAACAUUAAUCCUUUGCGAAAUAAUAUCGUUAUUUUAAUGAAACUGAAGCUUUGGCGAUUUAUUUUUUCUCAAUAACUUCAAUGUUAAAACAGUCCCUGGAAAAAUAAUUGUCAAAAGCUUUAUUCACAGUUUUGAUUUAAUUUUUCUUUUCUUCCUUUUUUACUUAGCA